CGCGGCUCCCACCCAAUGGCAGCGCUCGCAUUCAAAGUGGAACUGCCAGGAGGUGGAGCUAGGCCGGCGGUGUCAUCCAAUCAGCGCGCCAGGGGGGCGGGGGUGCGCGCGGAGCGUCUGGCCGUUGCCAGGCGACGGAGGAAGUCCCGCCCCCGGCGCGCGCCGCCUCACGGGUCUGGGGGGGGCGGGGAACGUCGGUCGCACCCUCCGCCGGCGCGGUUUGUGUCAAGCCCGGCUGAGGGGCUGGAGCGGAGCGAUGCAGAGGAGGACGCGCCUGCAGCGGGAGCUGACCCUGCUCUCCGCGGAGCCGCCGCCGGGAAUCUCCUGCUGGCACAGCGGGCACGGCACCGGCGAGCUGCGGAAAUCCUAGGAGGUGCAGACACACCCUAUGAGAAGGGAAUAUUCAACCUGGAAAUCAUCGUUCCUGAGAGGUACCCCUUUGAGCCCCCCAAAAUCCGCUUCCUGACCCCCAUCUACCACCCCAACAUCGACUCUGCGGGCAGGAUUUGCCUGGAUGUGCUCAAGUUACCCCCCAAGGUGAGGCAGGGCCAGGCACUGAGCUCCUUCCCUGCUCCCUGGGAGCCGAUUGAAUGUCCUGUGCUCCUGAUUUAUUUACACCCGCGGGGAGGGCGGCUGGAAACGGCCUCUCCUUGGUGUCCUGCCAGGGCUGGAGGACAGCCUUUGUUCCCGAGGAGUUUCCAAGGUUUCAGGGCGGGGAGCCAAAGGGAAUUAGGGCUGGACACGAGAUGUGUGCAGGAUCCAGCCCGUGGCAUCUCCUGAGCUGGGAGGGACCCACAGGGAUCAUCAUGAGCUGGACUGCAGGGGACAAUCCCAACAAUCCCCCUGAUCCUUGAGCUCUGGCAACUUCGGGGUCAUUCCCACUGCCCUGCUGGGCUUCCUUGGAGCCAGGAGUUGGGAUUGAGGUGGUGUUCCCGUGGGUGCUGAGGUG